GUCAGUUGUCGAUCAAUGAGGAAGCGAAGUAUGAAAACACGUUCUUGUCUGUGAAGAUUAAGUUAAUGCAGGCUCAUCAUCGGGCACGUAUAAAAAGACGUUUAUCUGGCAGCCCCAGUCACAGAAGUGUCCUCUACGAGACCCAUAACACAAGCUGUCAGGCCAUAACUUUGUUUGAAGAGAGUCACAAUGUCCGAAGAUGUCAAGCAUCGGUUUGAUGAACUUUACAAAAAGGCGAUCGCGCUCGGUCUGAGCAAAGAACAAAUUUCUACCUUACACGCUUUAAAGGAAAUCCGCUCUUCUAAGAAUAUAGUAUGGCCAAUUAUAAUUUAUGUGUUUCGUGUUGUAAUCGUCCUGACUGUUUUACUAACACUUGUUUGGUGCCUUAACUGGCCGGUGAGGAAUGAGAAAAUGCUAGCAGUUUGGUUCAGCUUUCUGGGAGUUCCCGAAGAUGAGAUCUUUAAGGAAGAAUGCAUCCUGGAAAGUUCGGACACAUUUGCAGACACAUUCCGCCCGCCCAUUGACUGCGAGUUUUGUCGCGGCAUCAGCAAAGUUCCACGGGUUUCGAACAUUGUUCCAGAAGAAUUCGAAGAGAAGUAUGCUUAUGGGGGACAGCCGGUUAUUAUUGUUGAUGGAAUGAAAAACUGGACUGCUCUCAAAUCAUUUAGCUUCAAGUUUUUCAAAGAUAUUUACAAAGAGGACAGCCCUGCAUUGGCGAACAUUGAAUCAAACUGUCAGUUCUUUCCGUACAAGACAACAUUUAAGAAUCUUGGUGAAGUGUUUAACAUGAGUGACGACAGGGCUCAUAUGAAAGACGGGUCUGAACCGUGGUAUAUUGGAUGGAGUAACUGCGAUUUCUCAGCAGGAAAUAUUCUCCGUCAGCACUACGACAGACCAUACUUCCUCCCUCAUGUCUCCGAAUCCAGCAAGACCGACUGGAUUUUCAUCGGAAGUCCUGGAUACGGAGCACACAUGCAUAUAGACAAUGUUGGACUGUCAUCGUGGCAGGCACAGGUAACCGGGACAAAAGUAUGGACGCUGGAACCUCCCCCCGAGUGUUACUUCGAGUGUAGUAAACAAAUCAAGGUCACAAUAAAACCAGGAGAAAUAUUUGUGCUGGACACUAACAAGUGGUAUCAUUCGACGCUGGUUAUCGGGAAUGAAAUGAGCAUUUGUAUCGGAUCCGAGUUUGACUGAGUGUGAUCUCAACUACCCAGAAUUCAUUGGGUCACUUCCAGUGACUGCAUCCACCACCCACCCCAGUCUACUUCUAGUGCUUACAAGUCGGGGAACAUUUUGUUUUCAAAAUUUUGAUCAGCGACAUUUUUAGUCCAAUGAAAUUUGAUUAGCAGCUACUGUUUAAUGUUUAAAAAUUGUGUAGCCUUCUCUGACAUUUGCAUAGCAAAUCGUGACGCGAUAGUGAACAGAAUGUUCUCUGCAAUUAAUGUACCUCUCCGUUCUCAGCAUAUACAUGUAUCAUAUAGCCAAUUGCUUUUCUCAAGAAGACUUCUACAGUGAAACCUCUCAAGACCGGACCCUCUGUAAACCGGAAUUCCCUCAAAACCGGACGUUUCAUAGAGUCCCUUUUUAAAACAAGGACAUAACGUAACCUCCCGAAACCGAAUCCCUCUUAAUACCAGACAAUUGUCUUGGUCCCAAGGGUGUCCGGUUUAGAGGGCUUUCAUUAUACUUUCAAAGAUGAUGAACACCCCAAAUCUAUGUAUCAGAGAGAUAUAUGAAGGAGAGAAUCAAACAGGGUUCGUACGGGUUUUUGAAUGUUUUUUUUUUAUCAUUUUCAGGAUCUGAAAAGUUUUGGAAAAAUCACAUUUUUGCUCAUAGUUUUGGAAAAUUGUACCUUUGGCAAUAUUCUAAAAAGCUUACGGGUGAAAAUCAAUAUUUAAUUGCUAAAAAUAAAAUUAAAAACAUUUAUUUUUUUCUCUCAGUAAACAACUGCUUUGCACUUUAGUCUCUAUCUUAUUUGGUCCUUUACAAUACCUGUACAUGCAGAACAAUGACUGUAUAAUUGAGGUUGCUUAUAAAAUGUAUUUUUAAUAGUGAAUCAAAUUAAAAUGAGUUUUGGAAAUGUAUCUUCCUGGUCUUGGAAAAGUUUUGGAAAAGUUAUGGAAAUUUACAUUUCCAUACCUGUAUGAAUCACGAGAUUCAAACAAAUUAACAAAUUGCAGAGUAGAAUAUCAGCUAUAUCCAAAAUCUGAUACAAACAAUGCAACAAUGAUUUUUAUUGUUCACAAACAAUAUUUAUUGCAUUUAAUCAUCUUUGUGUGCAUGAAGAAUAAUAAACAAUCUUUUAUUAUGA